AUGUGGCAGCUUUUAGCAGCAACAUGCUGGAUGCUUCUUGGACCUGUAUAUGGUUGUCACAAGAAAGGAAGCACCACAAAUCCUGAAGCUAAUAUGAAUAUUAGCCAGAUUAUUUCCUACUGGGGCUAUCCCUAUGAAACAUAUGAUGUUGUCACAGAAGAUGGUUAUAUCCUCGGAAUUUACAGGAUUCCUCAUGGAAGAGGAUGUCCAAAAACAGCUCCAAAGCCUGUUGUGUAUUUGCAACAUGGCUUAGUUGCAUCUGCCAGUAAUUGGAUUUGCAAUCUGCCCAACAACAGCUUGGCUUUCCUUCUGGCAGAUGUUGGUUAUGAUGUGUGGCUGGGGAAUAGCCGGGGAAAUACUUUUUCCAGAAAACACUUGAAAUUUUCACCCAAAUCACCAGAAUACUGGGCCUUCAGUUUGGAUGAGAUGGCUAAAUAUGACCUUCCAGCCACAAUCAAUUUUAUCAUAGAGAAAACCAGACAAGAGCAACUCUACUACGUGGGCCAUUCCCAAGGCACCACCAUUGCUUUCAUAGCAUUCUCCACUAAUCCAGAGCUGGCUAAAAGGAUUAAGAUAUUUUUUGCAUUGGCUCCAGUCACCACCGUGAAAUACACCCAAAGUCCUAUGAAAAAAUUAACAAAUCUUUCCAGAAAAGCAGUCAAGGUAUUAUUCGGUGACAAGAUGUUCUCUCCUCACACAUUUUUUGACCAAUUCAUUGCCACCAAGGUAUGCAACCGGAAGAUAUUUCGUCAUAUUUGCAGCAACUUUAUAUUUACUUUCAGCGGAUUUGAUCCAAAAAACUUGAACAUGAGUCGCUUAGAUGUUUAUUUUGCACAGAGCUCUGCAGGAACAUCUGUUCAGACCAUGCUGCACUGGGUCCAGGCUGUUAAUUCUGGUCGGUUCCAAGCUUUUGAUUGGGGAAACCCUGAUCAGAACAUGAAGCACUUCCACCAGCUUACACCUCCUCUAUACAACGUUUCUAAUAUGGAAGUUCCAACAGCAGUGUGGAGUGGUGGACAGGACUGCGUGGCUGAUCUCAAAGAUAUUGAGAAUUUACUCCCCACAAUUACCAAGCUCAUUUAUUACAAGUUGAUUCCACACUACAAUCAUGUGGAUUUUUACCUUGGACAGGAUGCACCCCUUGAAAUUUACCAAGACCUAAUUAGAAUGAUGGAGGAAUGGUUGUAA